AUGCUUAACAACUCCUUAACAUCAGGAUCAGUUGGAACGGGCUGCACGGUGCAGGGUCGCAAUCUGGGCAAGGCACUUCGGAAAGAAUACCGGCAACUAAGCGAUGACGAGAGAAAGCGAUUCCAUGGCGCAGUUCUAGCCAUUAAAAGCAGCGGUGAAUUCGACCGGUUAGCUGCCGUUCAUGCACAAUUUGCGACCAGUGGUGGUGCGCAUUCAGGGCCGGCAUUUCUUCCAUGGCAUAGGGAGUACAUUAAGAGGUUUGAAAUCGCUUUGCGUCAAGUGGAUCCUGAAAUAGCGCUGCCCUACUGGGACUCUACACUCGAUGAGAAUAUGCCUGAUUCCAAGGAUUCGAUCAUAUGGACAAAUGAGUUCAUGGGCGAAACAACUGGUGGAAACGUUGUGGGAGGAGCGUUCCGAGAAUGGCGCACAUUAGGAGGUGAAGAGCUUCCGUAA